GCGAUGAUAAACUUAAUGGAAGGCACAAAUACAAGAGCGCUCAUUGAAGGUGGUAUAAGUAAUAAUUUCGAAGAGAAAAUUCCGGAACCUUUCGAAAAAGUUGGUGAGAAAUACUAUUAUUUCGAAAAUAAAGAGACUCAAAAUUGGUUUGGAGCUGUAGAAAAGUGUCGUCAGAUCGACGGACAUCUUAUCAAUCUACAAAACGAAAACGAACUGGUCAAUGUGGCCCCGAAGCUAAGUAGCUCCCAGGAGUACUGGACGGACAUAAAUAAUCUCCAUAAAAGGAAUAUCUUCUUUUCACUAACUACGGGCAGAGAGGCAAACAUGCUCAACAAUCGCUCAGAUAAUAAAGUAAAUAGGUGCGGACUUAUUCAAUACGAUCCAUCCAACUCCAAUUUUAACGUAACCAAACGCAAUUGCUUUCAAAAAAAGAACUUUAUUUGCGAGACAACACAACCGACCACAAUAUCCAUUUUAUUAUGGUGAUAUAUCUUAUAUAAGAUUGUAUGCUUAAUCUAGAUCGUACGUACUAAAUGGAGCACAAAGUAUAUGUAACUAAAAUUAUGCGUGCGUGUGUGUUGGAAAUGCACUUAUCAAUAAUAUAUUCUACUGUAUGUAUGGGAUAUGUGUAUAUAAUAUAUAUGGACAUGAAUCAGGCUGUGUUUGAGUAACAAUAAAGAACCGCAGAGAUUUAUUUUAACAUUGUGGUGUGUGAGGCUUCAGAAGCGACUAAUGCUAGGCGGCUUAUAAAAUCAUUAUAGAGUAAUGGGUAUAAUUUGAUCUUAAUAAAGUUAUUGGAAGAACUCUCUUGAUUGGCACUGGAAGCUACAACCUAUCGUAAUAUGCAUCGAAUAAUACUAAUGAACAUCAGCUUAAGCCUAAUUAUAUAAUCUAGAAAAUACUAGGAGAAUAAAACAAUGAGUUUUCUUA